CGGUUUGCCACGUCCCCUUGGAGAGAAUGCUAAAGACAAAGCGGGGGGCCGGAAGCGUGAAAGGAACCCCGAAAGGUUAAAAAACCGCAACUUCUACCCGAUACAGUCGCCGCUUCGCCCCGCCGGCCAACCGCACAGCGACGGCGGGCGGCCACGCAGCCCGGAGCCACCGGGGGCCCCCGGCGCGGGUCCCGGAUGUCCGACUUCCGGAAACGGAUGCCGUUGGGCUCUGAGGCCGCGGACUCCCUAGCGCCCUCGCGCGGCGGGCGGUGUGCGCUCCGUGGUAGGACGUGCUGACGUCACCGCGCGACGGUAUCGGCCCAGCUGGGCCGGGGCGUUUCGGGAGCGUCUGAGCGGAGUCCGUGUUCCGCGUCGGCGCCGCUGCUUUUCUGGCGUGAGGAGAGCCCCGAACAGCCGCCCUGCUCCCGCGUUUGCCGCGCCGGCACCGCGAUUUACAGCCCUGAGGAAUCUUUUUGCACUCCUUACCUUUUCCCUGCAGAAAUAAAUCCCAUUAUGGAAACCCUAAAGCUUUAUAAAGGGAUAUAGUUUGAAUUUUGUGGAGUGUAAUUUUGUGUAUGAAUUGUACUUUAAAAAUAUUGACGAGUUUUCAAAGAGAAGGCUAGUAAUACAAUACUUUGAUAGGCAUUUGUGAUAAAAGAAAGCCAUGUCUUUUGAUAGAUUGAUUCAUCCUUAAUUACAACAUGACUGAUACUAUAACUAAAUGGUCCUUAAAUGAAGAGCAGGUUAUUUUUAAAAUUCAGUGCAAAACGUGUCUGCUGUGGAAUUUUUAUGGUUAAAGUUAUUGGAGAAAAUGCUGUCAUUUGGCCAGGUAUAGUAAAGUGCUACACACAGUUAGAAAAAAUACAGCAUAAUGAUACUGCAUGAAGUGGAAACAAAUACAUAUAACUUUUAACAAAGAUAGAAGAGUAACAGUUCGUGAGCUUGAAACAAAAUUCAUUUAUCCUUUAUACCAUGAUAGGCUUAGAUUCAAUAAAGCUUCUGGGUGCUGACUUCCCCCAAAGUUGUUAACUGAAGCUAAUAUAACUCACUUUUAAGUACUGUGAUAUGAUGUGUGAAAGUAACUUUUAGAUAAGGUAACCAUAUGAAGACUUUAAUUACCUUUGUUUGCUAAAAUAAAAUUAGAUUAUUUUGGACGUCAUAUUAAAGUGCUUACAAGGGAAAAGCUUGCACGUAACUUUUGUGGCAUAAUCAGUAAUUGGUCUGCUAUCCAGGCUUCAGAGCUUGUAAUCAAAAGCAAAUUAAAGGCAUAAUUUAGGUAUUAUAUAAUUGAUUAUAAUUUUGAGAAUAUAAACUGUUUUUGAAAAAUCACUUAAUAUUUUCAGAAGUGCAUAAGCUUUUGCAGGCCUUGGGGGUUGCCUAUACGUUAAUGUAAUUUCAGAGAGUACUUGGUGAUUUAAGAGAGAUUAUCCUAUAUGAGUGUAAACUUGAUAUAAAUUCAGUAAAAAAGAUACAGUGAAUUCUACAUAAGUAGCACUCAAUAGUGCUACUUUUUCCUGGUAAAAGUCUAAUUUAGCGUGAAGACAUGAGAAAUUUCAUGUAAGUUUUAACCAUCAGAAAGUACCGUCACCUACUCAUAUACAAAUCUACCUCCCCAAAAGUCAUCUGAGAUACCUUAUAUCAAAAAACUAAGAUAUGGAAGAUAGCACAAUCUUGUCAAAUUGGACAGCGGACAACAAACAAAAGAUGAAGUAUGACUUGUCCUGUGAACUGUACCGGAUGUCCACAUAUUCCACGUUCCCCUCUGGGGUUCCUGUCUCAGAACGGAGUCUUGCUCGUGCUGGUUUCUAUUACACUGGUGUGAACGACAAGGUCAAAUGCUUCUGUUGUGGCCUGAUGCUGGAUAACUGGAAACAAGGAGACAGUCCUAUUGAAAAGCAUAAACAGCUAUAUCCUAGCUGUAGCUUUAUUCAGAAUAUGAUUUCAGCUAGUCUGCCAUCCACUUCUAAGAACGCCUCUUCAGUGAGAAACAGCUUUGCACGUUCGUUGUCUCCUGCUUUGGAACACAGUGGCUCUUACUCCAACCUUUCCACAAACCCUCUGAAUUCUAGAGCAGUGGAAGACUUCUCUCCAUUGAGGACUAACUCCUGCAGUUACGCCAUGAGUACCGAAGAAGCCAGACUUCUUACUUACAAUAUCUGGCCUUUAAGCUUUUUGUCACCAUUAGAAUUGGCAAGAGCUGGCUUUUAUUACAUAGGACCUGGAGAUAGAGUAGCCUGUUUUGCCUGUGGUGGAAAGCUAAGUAACUGGGAACCAAAGGAUGAUGCUAUGUCAGAACAUCGGAGGCAUUUCCCCAGCUGCCCUUUUUUAGAAAAUUCUGUAGAAACGCUCAGGUUUAGUAUUUCAAAUCUGAGCAUGCAGACACAUGCAGCUCGAAUGAGAACGUUCAUGUACUGGCCAUCCAGUGUUCCAGUUCAGCCUGAGCAGCUUGCAAGUGCUGGUUUUUAUUAUGUGGAUCGAAAUGAUGAUGUCAAAUGCUUUUGUUGUGAUGGUGGCUUGAGGUGUUGGGAAUCUGGAGACGAUCCAUGGGUAGAACAUGCCAAAUGGUUUCCAAGGUGUGAGUUCUUGAUACGCAUGAAAGGGCAGGAGUUUGUUGAUGAGAUUCAAGCUAGAUAUCCACAUCUUCUUGAACAGCUCUUAUCAACUUCAGAUACUCCUGGAGAAGAAACUGUUGAUCCCCCAGUUGUUCGUUUUGGACCUGGAGAAAGUUCUUCAGAAGAUGCAGUCAUGAUGAAUACACCUGUGGUCAAGUCUGCUUUGGAAAUGGGCUUUAGUAGAAGCCUGGUGAAACAGACCGUGCAGAGUAAAAUCCUGACCACCGGGGAGAACUACAAAACUGUGAAUGAUAUUGUAUCAGCACUUCUGAAUGCUGAAGAUGAAAGAAGAGAAGAGGAGAAGGAAAGACAAGCUGAAGAAACCGCCUCUGAUGACUUGUCAUUAAUUCGGAAGAAUAGAAUGGCUCUCUUCCAACAGCUGACAUGUGUCCUUCCUAUCCUGGAUGAUCUUUUAAAGGCCAAUAUAAUUAGUAAACAGGAGCAUGAUAUUAUUAAACAAAAAACACAGAUACCUUUACAAGCAAGAGAACUGAUUGAUACCAUCUUAGUUAAAGGAAAUGCUGCGGCCAAUAUCUUUAAAAGCUGUCUCAAAGAAAUUGACUCUUCAUUACACGAGAACUUAUUUGUGGAAAAGAAUAUGAAGUAUAUUCCCACAGAAGAUGUCUCAGGUCUUUCACUGGAAGAACAGUUGAGGAGAUUGCAAGAAGAAAGGACUUGUAAAGUGUGUAUGGACAAAGAAGUUUCUAUUGUAUUCAUUCCUUGUGGUCAUCUGGUAGUGUGCCAGGAGUGUGCUCCUUCUCUAAGAAAAUGCCCUAUCUGCAGGGGCAUAAUCAAGGGAACUGUUCGGACAUUUCUCUCAUAAAAGAAGGAUAGGCCCAUACUGCUGAGCGUUGGAAGCCAUAUGAAACAAAAAGGAAUUACCAAUUCUUUCAAUUCGUAAACUUAUGUUCUCUGCUUUGGUACUAAUCUUUUUUCAUGAGGGACAGUAUUAUAUAUUUCAUCCUAAUCUGUUUGGUUAUAAUGGAAGGUUUAUUUUAGUAUGUUGUGUGAAUGAAUGUAAGGGGAGUGAAGUGUGCAGUGCUUGUUAUGUUCCAUUCCAGGAGUUAAUUGGAUGCUGUUCUCUGUGAAAGCUUUGAGUACAAAGAGCAGUGUGGUUUAGAAGAGCUGGAAACCAGUAACUGAGAUUCAUCAGUUUCAGUGCUGACGUCUUCUUUGGUGCUUUUCAUUAUGUAAAAUAAGGAUUUUUCUGUUACUGGUAAACAAGAUUCUCCAUAUUUUGUGAGAAACAUCUUAAUAAAGUGCUUUAAAAAGGCAUCAUUGAAAUGUGCUGUCUACUCUGAUUAAAAAGUAAUUUUCAUGUCUUCGUUGCAUUCAGUUACUAUUAAGUGUAAAAUUGAAUUC